CUCGUUGAAGGAAGAGCUUAAUCGCCCAUUCACGCCUGAGGAGAUCCGCGACGCUGUUGCUCGAAGGCGCAACUCCAGGCAGACUGACGAGAGUGGAGAUCUUAUUGCUUUCUACAAGUGCCUAAAGGGUGAGGCGUGGGAGCUCAUAGCCAGAGUCUUCAAUAAGGAGUGGCAGUCGGGGUUUGAGUGCCUGGAGAGUGAGGAGAAUAGGAAUUUGCUAAUGACGAACACAGUCAGUCUCCUCUACAAGCGUAAGGGUGACAGGACGGAGCUUGACAACUACCGAGGUAUAGUAAAUGCCAGCAUCUUGACCAAAGUGCUCUCCGCGUGCCUUCUCGACCGAUUUGAAUCCAUCUUGCGUAAGACGCGUUUUCUCUCGCCCCGGCAGGGUGGCUUCAGACCGGGGCAUCAGGUUGAUGAGAAGAUUUUCCUAUUGAGGCGCAUAGCUGAGGACGUAGCGAAGUUCAAAGGCGCCGAGACUGAAGUAGGUAAGCUUGCAGUUGCGAUCCUCCUGGAUAUAAAAAAGGCAUACCCCUCUUUUCCGUUCAAGAUUUUCCAGCGUUUCUUCGAACUGUGGGGCAUCGACGGCACGCCAUUUGCAGCGAC